AUGUUCUGCCGCCUCAGGACCUUGACCCCACCUUCCUCCCUCUUCUCUUCUUCUUCUCUCUUCAAUUGCACUUCUAUCCACCCCGCUGCCCGAUCUUUCUCUUCAUCAGCCGCCGCCAUGUCUACCUCCAAGUUCACCACCGCUUUCUUCGACAUCCAGUACCAGCUGCCUUCGCAGUCUAGCCCUGUCACCAGCCGUGUCAACUUCAAGCUGUACAACGACGUUGUCCCCAAGACCACUGAGAACUUCGCUCAGCUCUGCAACAAGGAGCAGGGUCAGGGUUACAAGGGCUCUUCCUUCCACCGUAUCAUCCCCAACUUCAUGCUCCAGGGUGGUGACUUCACCCGUGGCAACGGUACCGGUGGUCGCUCCAUCUACGGUGACAAGUUCCCCGACGAGAACUUCCAGAAGAAGCACACCCGCCCCGGUCUUCUGUCCAUGGCCAACGCUGGUGCCAACACCAACGGCUCUCAGUUCUUCAUCACCACCGUCGUCACCAGCUGGCUCGAUGGCAAGCACGUCGUCUUCGGCGAGGUUGCUGACGACGAGUCCCUGAAGACCGUUCUCGCUCUCCAGCAGACCGGUAACGACUCCGGAAGAAUCAUCUCUCCCAUCAAGCCCACCAUCGUCAACUGCGGCAGCGAGUAA